CGGGUUUCCUGUGAGGACACGAAGCCACUGGCUGGAAUCGCAUCGAGUAGUCAUUAUGCUGCAACGCCUGGUCAACGCUACAUGGCGCCGCAGUGCCGCCGCCGCUGCUGGCCCCGUGCGCUUCAUGAGCGCCGGAAUCUCCCAGCACCGUGACACCCCCGACAACACGUCGGAAACGUCGUUCGAUUUCUCGGAAUCCAACUACGUCAAGGUCCAUGCCAUCCUCAGCCGGUACCCCGAGAACUACAAAGCGUCGGCGAUCAUUCCUUUGUUGGACUUGGCGCAACGCCAACACGGUGGGUGGUUGCCUCUGGCAGCCAUGAACAAGGUGGCGCGUAUUGUGGACGUGAAGCCGAUGCAAGUGUACGAAGUCGCGACGUUCUACACCAUGUUCAACCGCGAAAAGGUCGGAAAGUACUUCAUCCAACUCUGCGGCACGACUCCAUGCAUGAUCUGCGGGUCCGAAGAGAUCAAGAACGUGAUCGAGGACCACUUGGGCAUCAAGGAGGGCGAAACGACCGCCGACGACUUGUUUACGCUGCGCGAAGUGGAGUGCUUAGGCGCAUGCUCGAACGCCCCCAUGGUGCAAAUCAACGACGACUUUUACGAGAACCUGACCCCCGAAACCACCCGCCAGCUCUUGGACGCGUGCAAGAAGAACCAGCCGCCGCCCAUGAACAAGUGGGGCUCGCUGCCCAUGAACGGCCAGCUGUCCUGCGAAGGCCCCCAGGGCAAGACUUCGUUGAAGUGGGACAAGCACCCCGCGCCAGGCUUCCGAAUGCGCCCGGACGCCGACUUGGUGCCCAAGGUCGACCCCAAGACGAUCAAAGACGAGAUGUUGUAUUAACGAGAGCGGAGAUUCACACGCUGUGCAUUUCGUAACAUAUAACACGACGAAGUGUCCUUGCUGGUUGGUUGAAA